AUGCCAAAGUCGCGCGAUACUUCACCCGCGUCGCAACCGGCGGAAGUGUCGGCCGGCAGUUUGGCAGAGGAAGCGCACGCAGCGCCGCACCUUUUACAAAUGCCGGAAGAUCCGAUGCGGCCAUCUGCCCUCGUACGUUCGGCAUCAGGUGCGUCGGUCACGACGCCUGAAGACGCCUCGCAGCCCGCUCAGGGGACGCGCAUCCGCUCUCCAUCCCGGCUCACGUCAGAGCUACAAGUUCGAGCCAGGGUGCAAGAAGAGCGGUUGGAAACGAUCCUGGGCUUUGUGGAAGACCUCCAUGCCAGCGCAGCAAAGGAGCCUCUGGAGAUGAUAAUGGAGGAGGUGACGGAAACGCGGAACACUCUCAUGGAACUUCACAUAAAUUUCCAGCGGGCGCAUCAGGACCUGAGUCGCUUGUGGCCCGUGUCUCAACUCGAGCACGGGUACUUUAAACAAAAAUCAGCCUCCGCAGAGGAAAGGGCCGCUCUUUCGGCGCGCAAGCUCCUUGCGCAGCUGGAACGCAGAUUGACUCUGGCCGCUCAGACGUCGCAGCCCACGACGACUACGCAGACCUUGCAACCGGCACCACGCAGGUCACGACUACCGGAGAUUCCGCUCCCGACGUUUGAAGGGGAGUAUGAGAAAUGGCAAGAUUUUAAGUCCGCCUUCACUUCAGUCAUCAAGGACCGCGCAGAAUUGACAGACGUUGACCGGCUCCAUUACCUAAAAGGGGCAGUCGGCGGAGCAGCCGCCAAUCUCAUCCAGCACCUGCCUCCUACAGAGGACGCGUUCGCCCGUGCAUGGGAACUGCUGGAUGAGCGAUAUGAGAACAAACGGCUCAACGUUCAGUCUCAGUUAGACCGCAUAUACAAUCUGAAGCCGAUGAAACAGAGAAGAGCGGCCUCUCUCAUAAAAAUGACGAACAUUAUCGGCGAGACCCAGCAGUCGUUGCGGAGUUUCCAGCUCCACGAUCCACACAACUGCUUCCUGCUCGGCUUCUUGGUGCGUUUGCUAGAUACCGAUACUCGAGAACGGUGGGAAUCCUCGCUGGCCUCGCAGGUGGAAUAUCCUACCAUGGAAGAGUUCUUGCGCUUCCUACUAGCACGGGCACGCACUCUGGAACAGUUGGAGCGGAUGGCGGAGCAAAAGGCCUCACAGCCCGCGCAGCCAACGUCAGGACGUCCUGCCAGCCGCGACAUCCGGUUGGUGCAACAAAAAACCGCAGUACACGCAGCCGCCGUUACUCAGCCCACGCCAUCGACGACCGGCACUACUACCACUUCUCGUCCACGAACAGCAGCACUGUAUCCUUGUGCGCUCUGCUCCAGGGACCAUUUCCUAUCAGCGUGCCCUGUAUUUAGAGACAAGAACGUGGAGGACCGCAUCAGUGUCGUGAAGGCCCAAGCAGUUGCCGUACGGCACAGAGAUGCAAAGUCUUUAGUAAAUCAGCUUAGACUCAGACGACAACGCUCCUCGUUGGAUGUUCACAGAGUUGGUGGAGCACGGACCUCGCAGACCAAUGGAGUGGUCAAUAUUAGCUUCCAUUCAAACUACAGACCACUCUCAGUCACCAUUCAAGCACACGUGCUUGCGAAGGUGACCACAUGCUUACCAUCGGACCCGCCAGCUCGUCCAACGCUGCCAUCGCAUCUGGAGAAAUUGAACCUAGCUGAUCCUCAAUUUCUCAAAUCCGGACCAGUGGACAUCAUUCUCGGAGCAGACGAAUACGGGCAAGUCAUCAAGCCAAACAUUAUUCGGCACGCUUCAACACCGUUGAUCGCUCAACUUUCAAUCUUCGGUUGGCUCAUAAUCGGGCCCCUCGUGGGCAUUCAGACAAUUCGCAGGACUUCUCAUCAGGUGACAGUCAAUAAUACUGAUCGCCAACUGAGUGAGUUACUCAGCCGCUUCUGGACGCAGGAAGAGCCACCGCCGGACACGGCACCCUUGCACAAACCAGACGAGCAAGAGUGCGAAGAUGAUUUCAAGACCACGCAUGCAAGAGACGCCUCAGGAAGAUACAUCGUGCGAUUGCCGCUCAAACUACACCCUCGAGCACUUGGCAAUUCGUAUCAGACGGCGCACAAUUGUCUUCAGAGGACCCUCAGACGACUCAGCAAGGACGCUCAGUACAAACAGCUGUACACCAAGUUCAUGCUCGAGUAUGAGCAGCUUGGUCAUAUGGUAAGACUGAUCAACGACUCAAUAACUAGUCCGUUUCAGUACUUUCUUCCGCAUCAUGGCGUUCUGAAGUUGGGCAGCACGACCACCGCACUGCGUGUGGUUUUCAACGGCUCCAGUCCAACUUCUUCAGGAUACUCGCUGAACGAUCUUCUACACACCGGUCCAAAUCUGAUGCUGAAUAUCGCAGAUCUGCUCAUCUGGAUACGCAGAUACAAACAUCUGUUUGCAACCGACGUCACGAAGAUGUACCGACAAAUCAAGGUGCAUCCAGAUGACUGGAGCUUGCAGCAGAUACUCUGGCUUGAUGACACGCAGAAGGAAACGUAUGUCGAUGACAUUUUUGGUGGCGCAGAUAUCGCAGAACAUCUACAAGAUAUUGCAAAUCAGCUGACGCAGUUGUGUCAAGCGGGUGGAUUUCCACUCGCAAAAUGGCAUUCCACGAGCAAAUCGUUGCUGGAAGACCUCGCACCAGACCAGAACAACGCAUCAAUCUCAUUCGACGACUGCGCAACCAAAAUACUCGGAAUUAAAUGGAUUCCACAUCAGGACACGUUUAACUUCUCGACCAUAUCAGCUACUCAACGCGUGCAGUUCACGAAACGCAUCGUCCUCUCAGAAGUAGCACAACUCUUUGAUCCACUCGGUUUUGUUGCACCUGUAAUUAUCAGAGCUAAAAUUCUUAUUCAAGAGUUUUGGUUACAGGAACUCAGUUGGGACGACAUCCUGCCGCUUCAUAUCACUCAACGAUGGUUACGCAUCAGAGAAGAUCUAACCAGCUUGGCCAAGCUUUCCAUCCCACGAUGGUUCAACACCACGACCACGUCGACAGUUGAACUUCAUGGCUUCGCUGAUGCAUCAGUCCUCGCAAUGGCAGCCGUCAUCUACCUCGUCGUACACGCACCGUCCACGGGUACCCAAGCUUCGCUUGUCUGCUCGAAAACGCGAGUGACACCACUCAAACGUCUGACCAUCCCGAGGUUGGAACUCACAGCAGCGCUGCUCCUCUCCAAACUGAUGCGGCAUGUUCACGCUACUUUGAACAUGACCGUUACUCAGACAUUUUUGUGGACGGACUCAGAAGUCACUCUUGCAUGGAUCAAGACGCAUCCCUCCAAAUGGAAGGAUUACGUUCGCAACAGGGUAAUCCAGAUCCAGGAGAUUACGCAGAACUUUCACUGGAGGCAUGUACCAGGAUCAUCGAAUCCAGCUGACUGCGCGUCAAGAGGCAUGGCGACAGAACAGCUCCAACAGCACUCGCUUUGGUGGACGGGACCACCGUGGAUCACGCAAUCUCAGGACACGUGGCCCAAGCAGACCAGUGUCGACGCAGACGAGUUGGACGCCCCCGAAGCUCGUGCUGUCGUCUCACUCCACACGGCAAACGCAGUAAAGGAAUAUUCAUGGGAAUUAAUCUAUAAAUAUUCUUGUGUUAACAGAUUACUCAGAAUCACCGCUCUAUGCCUCAAAUUCGUGGACAAGCUGUUCAAACGACAGGACACUUCGCCCACGCAUUUCGUCUCAGCAGCUGAUAUGGAAAGAGCCAGAAUUUACUGGAUUCAGGCCACGCAGUUUGCAUUCUUCAAGGACGAACUCGCUGCCAUCACAAAGGGAACUACACUUCCGUCAACGCAUCCAUUUACGAGGCUCACCGCUUACCUUGACCAUCAAGGGAUCGCCAGAGUAGGCGGACGUCUCCAACACUCAGAGCUUUCGCACGACGGCAAACAUUCUGUCAUCUUGCCUCGUGAUUCAAGAUUCUCUGCUCUUCUCAUCGACCACGCUCAUCAUUAG